GUCCCUCUGCGCUUUCCGUAUGUUUUCGAGAUGCUUGUCAUGUGAGUCCAGGGAUUGUCAAAACGUUUAGAGAAAAUUGACUUUAUCAAAUGAACAUAUUUUAUUUUCCAUUACAAUAAACGGUCAAAAUGCUCUCCCGUUUAUUAAAAGAGCACCAAGCGAAACAGAACGAAAGGAAAGAGUUGCAAGAAAGACGAAGACGAGAGGCCAUAACAGCUGCCACAUGUUUAACAGAAGCCCUGGUGGAUCAUCUCAAUGUAGGGGUGGCGCAGGCGUAUGUCAACCAGCGCAAGCUGGACCAUGAGGUGAAGACGCUGCAGGUUCAGGCCAGUCAGUUUGCCAAGCAGACAGCUCAGUGGAUCAACAUGGUGGAGAACUUCAACCAGGCAUUAAAAGAAAUCGGAGACGUGGAGAACUGGGCGCGAAGUAUCGAGAUGGACAUGCGGACGAUCUCGACCGCUCUGGAGUAUGUGCACAAAGGCCCGGUUCAGUCCGCGUCUUCAUGAUGCUCCAAAAUGGACAGAAACGCUGAGGCUUUUCCUCCAGUUAUUGGUGAAACUUGGACACUGUUAUUUGAGACAUUUGUGUCUUGUUUAUUCCAGUAAAGGAUUGCUGGAACAUCUGUUUGUUUCUGAUUCGGUUCAUUUUUAUUUAGUUUUACAUAAUAUGCUUGCAUAAUAAAAAAUAUAUGUUGCG